UUUUGUAGAAUUAUUAGUUUUUGGUCCUUUUACUUAAAUUAGCAAGUUUUGUGGUUGGCAUAUACUUCAAGUUCAGCAAAGGCUUUGGAGUCUUCAAUCUUUAAGUGCAUUUGCUGCAAUAGCUUUGCUCAUUUUGUGGUUAAAAUGAAUAUGUACAAAGAUAUUAACAAGGCACUGAGCUUACAAAACCAGGAACUGCGCCAAGAAGUGCAAAAGUUGAAAAAUGAAAUUGUCCUCCUGAACCGAAAACUGCUGGCGGAAAGGUAUGUCGCUCAAAGCCUCAAAACGCGGCACAUAGCAUUAUUGCGGGAUGUUUCCAAGACCUGCAACGGCGCCAUGUACGAACUGCAGAGAUUAUUCGAAGAGCAACCUGACGACUUGGAUAAAACUAAGCUUAGCCUGGAUAAUGAUAGGAGCAUGUCGAAGCGCUCCGUUCGACUAGUUCAGCCAACUCCACGGAAGCUAGAAAACGCCGAUUCUUGCAAGGAAAAUAUAGAUCCACUGGGAGAAAAUGACGGGGAAGGAGUGAUUUCAUACGUGCAAACUAGGAGGCGGCGACGAUAUAGAAGCUCCGAUAAGGACGAGGCGGAAAACAUUCAAUCGACUCCCGAUGAGGCUACAAGUAGUGACAUGGACCUUGACGGUCCCAGCUUAACAGUGGAUGAAACCAUCGAAGAUCCGCUAGAUCGAAUCGCCCACCAAAUACACACAAUCACAGAAGAGAAUACAGCAGAUAUAACAUGUAGUCGAACAUGUUUAUCAGCAAAAUCACUUUCCUAUUCCACUUUGCAAAAAAAUUUAUCGAAUCAAAUUUCACUUUCUCCUCCGUCCAGAGUUGGAAUCGGUGCCGAAUACCGACAACAGGCCAACGCUAACUCUUUAUUAAAUGCCGCUUCGUCAACUAAUCGAACUUCACAACUAUUCUCUCCUAGUAUAAAUAGAUCAGAACGAACCGUUCUCGAGGAGGAUACAAUUUUGGCAAACUUCUACUCAAUGAAAGCUCCGUGCAGCACCCCUUACAAAGCAAAAACAAAUAUCCCGACUAGAAAAUGUUAUAUCAAAUUAAAGAGGUUGACAGGCGAUGACUUGAAAAAAUAUAAAGCAGUGACAACAAUCCACGGAUCCAAGCGUCAAGGGAUUGCUAGGGAUCAGGUGGUAUUAAGUACGAAUCGCGUCUCAUCGCCAUGCCCUCCGUCCCGUAGUUUGAUGGAAAUUUCGUCCAGUAUCAGGCAACUGAACAACCUCACUAGGCCGAAACGGACCGCAGCGCCAGUUAACUUGAAAGAGCCGAAAAUUAAUUGUAAAUUGAGGAGGGAAAAAUAGAUUUUAGUUACGGACCAGCUUGACUGGUGUAAGAUAGUUAAGUUUCAUGGCGGUAUUACAUAAUUUUAUGUGUUAAUUUGUUAACAGUUUGAAUUUAUUUAUUUUAAUUAUUAAAUGUAUGUAGUGAGUUCUGUCAACUGUCCCACUAUUAUAAUUGUGAUUUUUCCAAGUUAUGUUUGUGAGUAAUUAUAAUGAUAAGUGUAAUUAUAUUUGGUUAUACAAUCUUAA